CCAGAGUGAGUUCAUUUCAGUUUAAUGUCUAACCACCGUACACGAUCGUGUUACGGCUCUGUAAGGUGUGACUUUUAAAAUCAAAAAUUUUCAUAAAGUUCAAUUGGUCAGCUUGUGAUUUGUGUCAAUUUCUAUAGCAAAAGGACUAGUGAAUAUUUUUGUGUGUUUUAUGAGUGAAUGGAUCCCGCAGUGUCGUGGUUUCAACGCGAACAAGACUGUCCCGCUAAACUCAUCUGGCUAGGCAUUUGGGAAUCGCAACGAACAUAUAUGGAAGAUACACAACUAACCGCAUUGCCUAUGUUGGACUCACCGUGUAAGGAAUUUAUUCCGAUAGGAGAUUUGGAUAAUAACGGUGAGAGAGCUUAUUAUAAUCCAUCGAGGAGGAAAAUGGUCGAAAAUCGCGCCAGCACUUACAAUAUGAAUAAACAUCAUUCCCGGUUGAUUGGAAAAUAUGGCGGCUGUCCCUGGCGGGUGGAGGGCCAUCAUUACGGCAGAGGCGUAUUCGGGUUACAUGAUGAGAUUGAGCAUUUCUAUCAGCAUAUGUCACCAUCGCCCACAGAGCAUGCGCUGCGUUUACAAGUGGUUUCGCGAAUCGAGAGCGUCGUCCUGGAUUUAUGGCCAUGUGCUCAAGUCGAAGUUUUCGGCUCCUUCCGAACUGGUUUAUAUCUUCCUACAAGUGACAUCGAUCUUGUAGUCUUAGGCCGAUGGGAAAGAUUACCAUUGCACACACUUGAGUCUGAAUUAGUUGUUAGAGGCAUUGCUGAGCAGAACACUGUAAAAGUUUUAGAUAAAGCUUCGGUACCAAUUGUUAAACUCACAGACAGAGAGACACAGGUGAAAGUUGACAUAUCAUUUAACAUGUCUAGUGGUGUACAGUCAGCAGAAUUGAUAAAAGAAUAUAAGCGCAAAUAUCCCGUUUUAUCAAAAUUAGUGCUUGUAUUAAAACAAUUUCUACUUCAGAGGGAUUUAAAUGAAGUCUUCACUGGAGGAAUAUCAUCAUACAGUCUGAUUUUAAUGUGCAUUAGUUUUUUACAGUUACAUCCAAGAAGAGAUUUAUUCAAUAAUGAAUCUAAUUUAGCUGUACUUCUCAUAGAGUUUUUUGAAUUAUAUGGACGUAAAUUUAAUUAUGUAAAAACAGGAAUCAGUAUUAAAAAUGGUGGCAGUUAUAUAAGAAAAGAAGAUAUGCAAAAGGAUAUGGUAGAUGGGCACAGACCUUCAUUAUUAUCUAUAGAAGAUCCUUUGACUCCAGGAAAUGACAUUGGAAGAUCAAGUUAUGGAGCAUUGCAAGUUAAACAGGCAUUUGAUUAUGCUUAUAUUAUAUUAACGCAAGCCGUUUCACCAUUAAAUGAUAUUUUUAAUGAUUGUAAUAAACAUUCAAUAUUAGGCCGAAUAAUAUUGGUUACAGAUCAGGUGAAAGAAUAUCGAGAUUGGGUUGCAGAUAUGUUUGAAGGAAAAUAUGCAAUUCGUAACAAUGCAUUACGUGCAGCUAGUGAGAGAGGAGGUGGCAGUACUUGUAGCCUAGACAGUAGUGGUGAUUCGCCAAUGGACAGUGAAGCAGAGUCGAAUCCUGCAAGUCGUGAUAACUCUCCAAAUAACAACAGAUCAGGUUGUUCGAGUGGACCUGAUCAUCAAAUGCCAUUAGGAACAGGCAACACUUGGGUUAAUCAUACAACAAGCAGAAUUAGGCGUUCUUUUCCUAAUGUGCCACCUAAGAAAAACAAAGAUAACAUUAAUUGUAGAAAUAGUAGAAACAGAGAUUAUAACAAUAUUGAUGAGAGGAAACAACAUUUAGAAAGAGACAAUGACUUCUGCUAUAACAACAGAUAUAAUCAUCAAAGCAAUAUGAAAAAGCAGCAAAAACUCAAGAAAAGAAUGGCAAAUACUUCUCUUACCAAUUUUGACAGUAAAGGUCCUAAAGCUAGCCAAAGAAAUUCACAAGACUUCUCGCGAUGAUGAAAUUAGAUUCUUUAUUAUGGUAAAAGUAGGGUGAGUCAUUGGAUAAAAUUUCCUGAUUAGUUAUAAGUGUUAUUAAGUCUCUACAAUGAGAUUGAAUUCUAAUAUAGGUAUUAAUAUUAGUUUAAUUUAUUAUAAGUAUAUUGACAAUGUCCAUUGCAUUAUUCUGCCAAUGAAAUGGAAUAUGCAAACUUACUUAAUUUUGUACAUAAGUA